AUGAAAGGGGUCCCCCCCUUGUCUAAGGAACUGAAUUCCAGGAUACCUUAUGACAGAGGCUCGCGGGCGAAGUCAGCUCAAAGGAGAAUAUGCUUUGCUGGGCAUUCCGCAUCUUCGGGAAUCAUCAUUCGUAUGACCACCAAAAGAAAGGAAUGUAAAGCAAAGAACCGUCCUGGGUUUGUGCCGCAUACUUCUUCAUUCAAGGAGGUCUUGGAAGAAAGACUGACGGACGAUCAUGGUCUAGGAUGGCAAGGCGCAAACUCACUUCAAGAACUGGAAGCACAGGGGGACCCACCCUCAGCUUUCUUCCUAGAUAAAGGCGGAGCUUUCUUUCGAACCAAGGUAGAUGUUAUCCCUAAUCUGAAGCCAAAGCUGAACCCAAAACAUAAGCAAGAGGUCCUGAGACUUAAACCUAUGAGACCGCGUUCGCGCUCUUUUUCGUUAAGAGACAGAGGCGACUGGUGCAAGGAGAAAGAAGGAAAUACAGAUUCAAGAAAGGCCUCUUUGGGCAGUUCCGAGCGUCUCAAUCAAAGACCAGUUGCUCCUGCUGAUACCACUCGCUCACUUGCCAUCAUUUCUUCUCUGACGAGAAUUCAACGUCAACUUUUAUCUUAA